AUGGAGCCUCAGGAGGCGUCCGAAGCCGAGGCCGAUUCGGUGAACCAGGCACAGCUCGAGGCAGACUCCACGCUGCUAACGGGUGAUCUCCCGGGUGCAGCGGCUGCGCGCGCGACGCGCCGCGGCGGUGCUGUAGCUGCUCGGGAGCUUGGGGCCCGCUUCGCCACGGAGCUCUUCAAUCCGCGGAGCGCCAUGGCGCCCAUCUCCCAUCAGACCAAGGGUGAUCUUGCACUGAUGCUCGGGGAGACGACUGUCCUGCAGACCACACCCAAGUUGCGUCGUGACUUCCAGGAGGUCGCUGAUGGCGGCGCAGUGUAUUGGCCAGGAUGCCUUUGCGCUGCUGCCGACUACAGCCUCUUCGAAAAGCUGUACGAGGAGCUCUCUCCUUGGAAAGCCUCGCCUUACAAGCGAUCGCGGCACCCUGCGUGCGUCGACGAGUCUUUGUUGCUCGCAUCAGCGACCUACCGCCAUGUUGUGGCGCUUUUACGGGAGGUCUUCGGCGUCGCCGUUGGCUACUCCAUCGUGAACCUGUAUGCAGAUGGGGAAGAUUGGACAGAAUACCAUCGUGACAACUACAAGUCGGAGGGCAACCGGAUCGCUGCAGCCGGCUCAACGGCAGCUCACGACGUGACGAUAGGGGCCAGCUUCGGUGCGCCGAGGGAGUUGAGGUUCAAGCACCUGGAGACGGGCCUUGAGUUUGGCUUUCCACAGACCAAUGGAGACGUCUUUGCCUUCACUGAGCCCGUCAACUCAGCCUUCCAGCACUGCAUCCCCCGACUUCUGCCGGCCUCUUCCGUCGGGCCUCGCAUUUCCGUGAUCCUCUGGGGUCGACUGGAAAGUUCCGCUGUACUUCGGAAACCGCACGAAGGUUGA